UGGUGGUCAAUUGUAAUUAACCUUUAAUUUACGUUUGAACUCUAUCCUAUGGCAAGGGAGACCUGUUGGGAAUGCGGGGUUUUGGGUGGGGUACACCACUGGGAGAAUUAUGCCCUACAACUCUCCUACAAUAUUGACUUCAAGAAACUUGGCUUUCAAUAGUAAGAUAUUAAGCAGGAUCAGGAUAUGUACAUCAGAAAUUUUGUUCAUCAGUAUGAAGUGGUUGAUAAGCUCACUCCAGUGUGUGCUGCUUCUGAUGUAUGCAGAUUCUUUAGAGGUUGGAGAUUUUUGCUCAUCAAAUGAUCAGUGUGGUGACUUGAAAGAAUGUCGUUUUGGAAGGUGCACUUGCAGCGCUAAUGCCAAUAUGAUACCAGUUUUUAGUAGUAUAUCAACCCAGAGUGGAACAAUAUGUUCAGGUAUAGUUUGA